AUCAUCCAUUCUUACUAGCAAUUUUUAUCCUUCACCACCUCUACUUCUCUCAAAUUACUUUGGUUGUUGUUCUUGGAAGAAGCAAAGCUUUGAAUUUGAAUUCAAUUGAUAAACCAAUACAAUGUGUGCUUUGAGAGUAUUGACCAGGUUAUCCAACACCAUCGCCAAACCCUAUCAACACCACACUCUCAGAACUCUUAUUUUGGACUCUUCACAAUUCGUCAAACUUCACAAUCUCACCGACUCAGAUUCCGGGAUUGUUGAGGUUAGGUUGGAUAGACCUGAAGCUAAAAAUGCUAUUGGGAAAGAGAUGCUGCGCGGUUUAAGUCGUGUGUUUGAAUUGAUUAAUCAAAACUCUGAUGUUAAUGUUGCUAUGAUUCGAAGUUCUGUUCCUGGUGUAUUUUGUGCUGGUGCUGAUUUGAAGGAGCGCAGGACCAUGAAUCAAUCAGAGGUUAAGCUUUUCGUGAAUUCUCUUCGUUCCACAGUGUCAUUUCUUGAGGAAAUUCGUGUACCAACUAUUGCUAUUAUUGAAGGAGUAGCUCUUGGUGGUGGACUUGAAAUGGCUUUGGCAUGUGAUAUACGAAUAUGUGGAGCAAAUGCCCUGAUGGGUUUGCCAGAGACAGGACUUGCUAUAAUCCCUGGGGCAGGUGGAACGCAGCGGCUACCUAGAUUGGUUGGAAAAGCAAUAGCAAAGGAUAUUAUUUUUACUGGUCGAAAGAUUAACGGCAUCGAGGCACUAUCCAUGGGUCUUGUCAACUACUGUGUUGCUGCUGGUGAAGCUCAUUCCAAGGCACUUGAAAUUGCUCGGGACAUCAAUCAGAAGGGCCCUGUAGCAAUAAGGAUGGCCAAAAAAGCUAUUAAUGAAGGUAUGGAAACCGAUCUAACAUCAGCUCUGGUUUUGGAAGAAGAUUGCUAUGAUCAGGUGUUAAAUACAAAAGAUCGACUGGAAGGCUUGGCUGCAUUUGCUGAAAAGCGGAAACCAAGGUACACCGGUGAGUGAAAGGGAUGUUCUACGGAUUAUCUGGUUAUGUUGCUAGAGAGCAAUGUCUAUCAUGUAGUGAUAUAUAGAACCUGGAGGCAAAACUAAAUGAGAAUCUGUGUCUACUCUUUGCCCCUUUAAGUACUGUCAUAAUCUAAAAACUGAAAAGUAUCGCUGUAUAAUCAUGCAACUUGAGACACUGUAUUCCCAAUGAAGCAAUAGAUUUCAUCUUUCUUAUUUUUCAAUGAAUUGGCUGUGAUUUUUCUCAUAAUUUAUAAUUUAUGACAGUUGAUCAGAUAUGAA